ACGUUUUACAGUCGCCCUCAAAUAGUUUUUUUUGAAAUAAUAAAAUAAACAUGUCACUAACGAAUUAUUAUUCGAUGAUGGGCCACGAGACGGAGGAUCUUUACGGCGCGCAUUUCAUCCAGGGGGGCCUGCAGCCGUCCGCCGGUAGCGGGAAGCCGACCGCCGUAGCUCGGGGAGCAGACGAGCCGACCAGUACCAAUCUCUCCAAUUUCUCCAAUUUCUCCAACGGUUUCAGGCAGACCGUUCUGAACGGGUUUUCACCAUGGACAAACCCGUCGUCUUCCUCCUCAACUCAAAGCGCACACACACAGCUCCAGUCCGCCUCCUCUUCCUCCCUGUCCAGCCUCUUCCACUGCCACCACCCUCACCAGCACCCUCUGAGCCACCCUUAUUACAGCACCCCAUCGCAGAGCCACAGCCCGCACUCUGACAACCCGGGUACGGUGCAGGAGAGCCGCUUCGUUCGGUGCUGGGAGGAAACACCCGUCUUAACCCCUCAGUCCUCCCAGCUGGUGGACGGCUUUCCAGGGGACUUGUCCACUCAGGCAGAGCUUUCAAGCUGCAGCCCUCGAAGAUAUGAGACUAUAAAACCGGAUAACUCGCCGCCUUCCGAGAGCGCACCGGAGGAUUCACACUUUGCAAGCCUGGUGAAGGCUGGUCCUGAGCCGCAGAGGGGCCUGAAGGACUCAGAGGAGGACCCCGACGAGGGCCCGGAGGACGGAGAGGACGGAGCGGGCGCAGAGCGUCACGGAGCGGGCGCAGAGCGUCACGGAGCGGGCGCAGAGCGUCACGGAGCGGGCACAGAGCACCGGCCGGCCGAGUCCACUAAUCCUUCGGUCAAUUGGAUCCACGCAAAGUCAACCCGAAAGAAGCGGUGUCCGUACAGUAAGCACCAGACGCUGGAGCUGGAGAAGGAGUUCCUGUACAACAUGUACCUCACGAGGGACCGCCGCGUGGAGGUGGCGGGGGUGUUGAGUCUGACAGAGAGACAGGUGAAGAUCUGGUUCCAGAACCGACGCAUGAAGAUGAAGAAGCUGAUGAGCCGGGACAGGCGCGGGCUGAACGACUGAGAGGAGUCAAUUGGCUACUGGUCUGACUGUUUGGUCUAUAGAUAGGAUUAUUCAAUUGGGACCCUUAACAAAUUGCGACGGAUAAGCUUUGCAAUGAAUAUAUUUUCCAGGGAUCCACAGAAUGAGCCAAACCGACUCCUCCGUUCAGGAGGAACGUGACGUCUCCACGCGUGGACAAAAAAAUUAUAUCAGACGGAAUUACAAACAGGCUCACUGUUGCAUCACAUAAUUUUUUUAUUGGGAUGUUAUUAUGUAUACAAACUGGAAUCGAUUCUAUACUCUAUAAUCAGUCCUGUUUUACUGAUUUUAAACGGGACGCUGUUCAGAGUGUUUUUGAAAGCCCUUUUUUAUUUGAGGAUCAUGAACAACAUAAUAAUACAUGCUGUCACUCUAACUGAAUGAAGUAUUAUUUAUCUUAAAUAUGUGAUCAGCUGGAUUGCUAGCUACCCAACAUAUUACCUUCCCAAUAAAAGAUCUAGCCAGCUAUUAGAUACGAUUUUUGCUCUCCUCAUUAUACGGAUAUUUGAAGACUUUUAGAUGCGGAAGUUAUUUCUCCGUUUUUUAUACAUAAAAUAGAAGGUGUCCCGUUGUGCCAGCCGUGGAGCUGCACCAGGACGGGUAGUUGUGGAGAUGUGGUUCUUCUGUAUGGUUUCUCCAUUGUGUGUUAGGAGGGCUUCGUGUUGAUUGUAUCAGGUUGGAGGCCUAGGAUGAUGGCUAUGGCCUCCACAUCUUCAGAAAGGGUCCCUGUUUAACGCAGCUCUCCUGAUGCUAUAUAGACCAACCAGUAGUUUACAGGUUUUGGUUUUUUAAAAGGACGAGUCAUCGAUUUUGUAUCUCUAAUUUUGACAUUAACAACUUUACUAUGGUGAAGAAAUUACAUUUGUAAGGCAUGGCACGUUAUGGUGCUUUGUUAAUAUCUCUUGUGGGAUUUAUUAUGCAAUGUAUCCAGAUGUCAAAACAAUCCUAUUUUUCAGCAUAUUUAUUUUACAUUUUUCAAUAAAGACCCCUAAAUAGCGACGCGAUUUUAACUCUUUCUCUCUAUAUAUCAUGUUGGUGACGAAAUAAAACGGUUAAUUCUAUAACAGGUCAACUAAGUCCUACAAGCAGAGAUCGAGAGGAUGGACCCUCGUUUGAAUGAGCCUCGUUCUCUGAUACUUCUCUCCACUGUGUUGUGUGCACGUUAUGGUCCUAAAGUCAAGGCCCUCUCAUCUGAUGAAGUCUUCCCUUAUCUUGUGCUGAAUUGACGUUGUGUUUUUGUCGUUGUUAUCAUAUUUUGGUCAAUGUUGGUCAGAUGAGGCCUAUGUUGUGCAUAUACUUCAAAACACACCAGUCCUUCUAAGCUAAAUUUGACUGUGAUCUUUAUUUAAUUAUAGCCUAUCGAAAACAAUUCAGGCGUUUAAAGAUAGAAAUAUACUAAAACCGUCGACCAAGAGGUAGGAUAUAUUUGGCAAGAAAUGUACACAAAAUGCAAAAAAGCGACUAGGAUAUUCAUUUGCUUAUUUAGAAUAAUGUUUGUGCUGCUAAAUGUGAUGUUUAUUUGUAAGAAAAUAAAUCUAAAUUUGCGUAUGCCUAUGUGUUUAUUUCUG